AUGACCCCCAGCCUGACAUUUGGCCUGUUUCUGCUCCUCAGUCUUCACGCCUGCACAGCGGGAGGCAGAGCCCAGCGCAGACAGAGACAAGCUGAGGAGAACCUGAGACCAUAUAUUGGCAGGGUUGAUCCGGAAACGCUCUGUGAGUUGCUGAAAUGCCGGAGUCCAGUGGGAUCUUGGUGCCAAGUAGUUGAGGAAAGUGGGGUCCUGGUCCCCAAGUGUGUUUGUUCUCUGUCCUGUCCACGGCAGAGGGCACCAGUGUGCAGCGUGCUGGGAAAGACCUACGAGAAUGAGUGUUUGCUGCAUAAAGAAGCCUGCAGGAGGAGACGUCGCACCGGACUGGCUCACACAGGACCCUGUCUGGUCCCCAAGGCUAAAUGCACCGAAGAGGAAUUAGUUCUGCUCCUGAGUCGUAUGGGACAGUCCUACGCACCUGGAGCCCCGCCCCAGAGCUGCCUCAGCCACGCCCACAGGACACAACUGGCACAGAAGCGAUUUGUCCAACUGGACAAGAACAAGGACGGCAUGUUGAGCCACAGGGACCUGAGGAAGCUGCGUUACAAGAGGAUGCCGCUGGAGCACUGUGCCAAACCUUUCUUUCAGUCACGUGACCACGGCAACAACAGGAAGGUGACCCUGCGAGAGUGGACGAGCUGCCUGGUGGAUCGCUCCGAGGCCUGGUUCCACCAUUUCAUGUCAGUGAGAAUGGGUUCCCGCAGGUUGUCAAAUGAAAGGGAACAACUUCUGACACGAGGAAUCGACCAUCAGCCCCGAGUCUCUGUCGUACAGUAAAGAACUCACUGGAGAUGACGAGCUUCAGGACGGCGUCGCUACACACCCGACUCUCAUCCGUAACGUGAUGAUUUAUCAUGUCAUCGGACCUCACAGUCUGCUGCUUGUCUGUGCAUUCAUGUGUGUGU